AUGAGUACCAUUAGUUGGAAUUGUCGUGGGCUUGGGAACCCACGGGCCCAACAAUUCCUUGAAGACAUUUGUGUCCAAAAGAAACCCAAGUUUUUGUUUUUAAGUGAGACUUUAUGUAAAAAAGAAAUUGUGGAGAGGGUGAAAGUCCGUUUGGGCUUUGAAUGCUCUUUUGCUGUUGAUGUUGUUGGUAGGAAAGGAGUGCUUGCAUUCUUUUGGAAAAAUUCUUCUGAAGCCCAUUUACUUGGUUAUUCUCAAAACCAUAUAGAUGUUGAAGUGAAGAUUUCUGGCCGAGAACCAUGGCGUCUUUCUGGUAUUUACGGAGAACCCAACCGAGCUCAUCGCGAUCGAACUUGGACCUUCAUUCGUGCACUUCAUGCUGAAUCCACUUUACCGUGGUGCCUUAUUGGUGAUUUAAUAACAUUACCAGUAACACUGAUAAAAAAGGGGGUCGGCCUUAUUCAUCUGCUCUUAUUUCUGGUUUUCAAGCUGCAAUCAAUGACUGCCAUCUCUUGGAUUUGGACUUGCAAGGGUACCCAUCACUCUCCUAUUUUUCUUGAGCCUGAAUCCUUAAAUUCCCAUGCCACUGCUUAUCAUUUUCGUUAUGAAAAUGCUUGGAGCCGUGAACCUUUAUGUGCUCAAAUUGUUGGGAAUUACUGGGAGCAACAUGGGCAGCAAAACAUUGUUGAUAAAAUAAAAGGCUGUAGUCACCAUUUGGCAGCUUGGGGCCGAACUCUUACAGGAAAUUUUAAGGUGCGAUUAUCUCAAAGUAAACAGAAAAUGGUUGUGUUAAAGAAUUCAGAAGAUGAGUUUGAUGCUGAAACUUUUGUGGAGGAAAAGAACAAUUAUUUUGAAAUUUUGGCUCAGCAAGAAUUAUACUGGAAACAACGAUCCAAACAACAUUGGCUACAUUCGGGUGAUAAAAACAAUAAAUAUUUUCAUGCUGUAGCUAGUGCCCGAAAGAGAUCAAACAAGAUUCAAUAUCUGCAAGAUGAAAAUGGCAGCUGGAGGACUUGGGGUACUGGUAUUGACAAUCUUAUACUUGAUUAUUUCUCUGCUCUUUAUACAACUAAUUCAAGUUCUUGGUCUCAUGUUAUUGGCAACGUUCGUAAUUCUAUCACUGCAUCUCAUAAUGAAGAACUGCUUCAGCCCAUUGGUGAUGAUGAAGUCAAAAAUGCCUUAUUUCAAAUGCACCCUGAUAAAGCCCCUGGCCCAGACGGCAUGGGACCUGGCUUCUUUCAACAUCAUUGGAGUAUUGUUGGGGCUGAUAUUAUUAAUCUGGUCAAAGAAUUUUUCUCAACUAGUGUCUUGCCUUGUAGUAUAAAUGACACAAAUCUCUGCUUGAUUCCUAAGAAGAAAAAUUUCUCUACCAUGAAUGAGCUUCGCCCUAUUGCCCUUUGUAAUGUUAUCUACAAGAUCAUUUCUAAGGUCCUUGCUAAUAGAAUGAGGGGGUUCAUUGAUCAAAUAAUUUCGGAUACACAAAGCGCCUUUAUUCCAGGAAGGCUUAUCUCGGAUAAUGUCAUGGUUGCUUUUGAAAUUAUGCACUAUCUCAAACGUAGAAGGACCAACAAGAAAGGUUUCAUGGCACUUAAAUUGGAUAUGAGUAAGGCAUAUGAUCGAGUUGAAUGGGGAUUUCUUAGUGCAAUUAUGUCUCGAAUGGGGUUUUCAGAAAAGUGGGUUGAUCUUAUCAUGACUUGUGUCUCUUCUGUCCAAUACAAGAUUGUUCAUGGAGGUCAUAGCCUUGGACCUAUUACUCCCUCGAGAGGGAUCCGACAAGGCGAUCCUUUGUCUACCUAUCUCUUCAUUAUCUGUGCAGAGGGGCUGUCUUCCUUAAUCCAACAAUUCGAAACAAGAAGAGUUAUCCAAGGAUGUCGUGUGGCUCAACGAGCACCUGCGAUUACUCAUAUGUUUUUUGCCGACGACAGUUAUCUUUUCUGCCAAGCAACAAGUGGUGCUGCUGAUGGUGUUCGUUCUCUUUUACAGAUGUUUGAAGUUGCCUCCGGCCAGAAGGUAAAUUGCUCUAAAUCUUCAAUAUUUUUCAGCCCCAAUACUGAAUUAUCAACCCGAACACAAAUAUGUUCAAUUUUCAAUAUGGCUGAAGCUACUGAAGGAAGUCUCUACCUUGGUCUCCCCAAUAUUAUUGGUCGAAAUAAAAAGAUUAUUCUUGGCUUCAUCAAAAACAAAGUAAUAUCUCGCAUCAAUAGCUGGGAAGGGAAGUUUCUAUCUCGGGCUGGUAAAGAGAUACUCAUCAAAACUGUUCUCCAAUCUCUACCUACUUAUGCAAUGAGUGUCUUUCUCCUUCCGAUUGGAACUUGUGAUGAAAUUGAAAGUCUAAUGGCUAACUUCUGGUGGAAGACUAAAUCAAGUAAAGGCCGCGGUAUUACUUGGAUGACUUGGGAUCAGCUUGCUUCUUCUAAAGAAGAUGGUGGCAUGGGAUUUAGGCAUUUGCAUGAUUUUAAUCUUGAUAUGCUUGCAAAGCAAGGAUGGAGGUUGUUGUGUAACCCAAACUCUUUGGUAGGACGGGUGUUCAAGGCGAAAUACUUUCCUAAUUCAGAUUUCCUUUCAGCUGAUAUUGGGAAUAAUCCUAGUUUUGUUUGGCGAAGCGUUUGGGGUGCACAAGAUUUGGUUCGUUCAGGUGCUUCCCGGGUUAUUGGUGACGGAGCUAAUACUAAAAUUAUUGGUCACCCUUGGCUGCCCCAACCAAGUAACAGAUUUGUAAGUUCUACUCAUCCAUCUCUCCAAAAUAACACUGUUGAUUCACUCUUUCAAGUUGGAAUCCGUAGAUGGGAUAGUGAAGUUAUCCAUGAUUUGUUCUUUCCUAAUGAAACUGAUUUGAUAUUGGGAAUGCCUCUUUAUGAUACUGAUACAUCCGAUUGCUGGUCCUGGGCUGAAAACCGAAAUGGUUUUUUCACUGUUCGCAGUGCCUAUUUACUGCUACAGCAGCAGCGUGCCAGAUCUCACGACUCCAACAACUCUGGUUUUUGGAGAAAAUUAUGGCAUCUGAAAAUCCCUCCAAAGGUCAUCAAUUUUCUAUGGCGUGCUAUCACUGGUUGCCUCCCUACUUGUCUUAAUCUUGUUGGCAAACAUGUUCCGAUUUCAGUUAAAUGUCCAGUGUGCUCAGCUUCUUUUGGUGCUUGGGUGGAUGCGUUAUUACAUAUUAGUGAUGCUGAUAUGAUAUGUCGUGCUACUGUUCUCUGUUGGGCGGUAUGGAAAGCUCGCAACCAAACUGUGUGGGAUAAAAGAAUUGCUACCGUGAAUGAUGUUAUAAUUUCUGCUUCAACUACUUUUGAUCAUUGGAAGAAAGCUCAGGAUAAAACAACCCUUUUAUCAUUAUUAAUUGAGAAUAAUAAAGAAGGGGCUGAGUAUUGGAUAAAACCCGAAGAAAAUCACAUCAAAAUAAAUGUUGAUGCAGCUCUUUUUCAUCAAGAAGGUUCUUAUGGCUAUGCGUUGGUUGCACGAGAUAGUUCAGCGAAUCUCAUCGAAGCUAAAACAUGUUUUCAAGGAGGUUAUUACACUGCUGAGAUUGUUGAGGCAUUGGGGAUCAAGGAAGCACUGAGUUGGAUAAAGAGAGAGAAUUGGACUAAUGUGCAAAUUGAAAGCGACAGCUUGCUCUCGGUACAGGCUAUUCGAAGUAACCAACACUUUUCUUCAAAUUUUGGCUUACUUAUUCAGGAUUGCCAACUUUUAUUGUCUUCUUUACAAUCUGUGAAUUUAUGUUUUGUUAGACGAUCAGCAAAUGGUGUCGCUCAUGCUAUUGCAAGUCACUCACGAUUUCUUUCUGGUUGUAGCAUUUUUGAGCAUAAAGCUUGGGCUGAUUUAAAAGUCCUUUUGUACUCAGAAUGCUAA